UCAGACACUGUAACCUAGGAUUUAAUUUCUGCCAGCGAUUCGAGCGAAUAGGUGACCUUGAUGACCUUCAGGAAGCCAUUAGGCACCAACAAGAGGCAGCAAAUUCUACCCCUCAAGAUCACCCCCUACGGGCCGCGAUACAGAGCAACCUGGGUAGCACUUUCUCUACAAAGUUUAACCGGACGGGAGACCUUGGUGACCUCCGAAACGCCAUUAAGCACAAAGAGGAAGCGCUAGCUGCUACCCCCCAAGAUCACCCCGAUAGAUCCACGAUCUGUGACGACCUAGGAGCCAUGCUUUCUGAAAGGUUUCGCCUGACAGGAGAUUUUGAUGACCUCCAAAAAGCCAUCGAGCACAGCGAAGAGGCACUAGCUGCCAUACCCCAAGAUCACCCCGAUCGAGCAGACAGACAAAGUAGAAUGGGUGACAAGCUCAACGAAAGGUUUGAACGCACAGGAGAUAUUAGUGACCUCCAAAAGGUUGUUAAGCACAGGGAAGAGGCACUAGCGGCUACCCCUCAUGACCACCCCGAUCGAGCAGCCAGAAUCAAUAAUCUAGGAGCCAUGCUUCAGAAGAGGUUUGACCGGGUUGGGGACCCUGGAGACCUCCAAAACUGCAUUGUCAACUUCCAAGAGGCGCUGGCUACUACCCAUCUAGAUCAACCCGAUAGAGCUACAAUACAUGACAACCUAGUGCUCUCAUUUUCUAAAAGAUUUGAGCGGACAGGAGACUCCGGUGACCUCGGAUAUGCCAUUAAGCAUGGCGAAGAGGCACUAGCAGCUACCCCUCAUGACCACCCCUAUCGACCGAAAAGACACGGUACUCUCGGAAGCUGGCUCUCUGAGAGAUUUCAGCACACAGGAGACCUCGGCGAUAUCGAAAAAGCCAUUAGGCACUACGAAGAGGCCCUAGAUGCUACCCCCCGAGAUCACCCUGACCGAGCAGAUAGACAUAUCAACCUAAGAAGAGGUCUUCAGGCAAGAUUUGAGUGCAUAGGAGACCUUAGCAACUUACAAAAAGCUAUUGAGCAUAGUGAAGAGGCACUAGAUUCCACUCCUGAAGAUCACCCCCGUCGAGCGACCAUUCACAAUAACCUAGGGGUCCUUCUCUCUGAUAGGUUUCAGAGAGUAGGAGACAUUAGCGACCUCGAACAGGGCAUUAAAUUCAACGCAGAGGCACUAGUUGCUACCCCUCAAGAUCACCCCACGCGAGCGGAUCUGCACAACAACCAGGGAAUCAAUUUUUACACGAGGUUUCAUUCCACAGGAGACCUUGGUGACCUCCAAGAGGCCAUUCGGCACGGUGAAAAAGCGUUAGCUGCUUCCACCGAAGGUCACUACAAACGAUCACGCAGACAAAGUAAUCUGGGAAAUAUAAUCCUAAAAAGAUUCCAACGAAUAGGAGACCUUGAUGACCUCCAAAAGGUUAUCCGGCAUGCUAAGGAAGCUCUGGAAGCUUCGUCUAAAGAUCACCCUGAUCGAGCAAACCUGUGCAUCGGCUUAGGUAGAGCUUUGGAACUAAGGCGCCAUAGUCCACACCCCCGUAGUGACUUAGAGGAAAUCCUCGACCUAUACCGCGAGGCUUGUAAUUGCUUUAUCUCACCACCCAGGGAUAGGAUUGAGGCGGCCCGUAGAGCUUCUGAUUUACUAUUUCCAAUUGGGGAAUGUGAUGAAUCAAGUUCCAUCCUCGAGGAUGCAGUCAACUUGAUGCCAAGUGUCAAUCUAAAAUUACUAAAACGAGAUGACCAACAACACAUGCUUUCGGAACUCUCGGGGCUGGCACCCGCUGCUGCAUCAGUUGCACUGCAGGCUAAGAAAGAAGCUUAUCACAGUCUUAAGUUACUAGAACUCGGUCUUGGAAUAAUCAUGGGCUUUACGAUCGACUCAAGGUCAGAACUCUCAGAUCUUAAAACAGAUCACGAGGGUGAAUUCAACAAAUUUCGCCGCCUUCGGGUUGAGAUUGACUCGCCCAUGGAUAAAAGGGAAUUCACAAAUGACGAGACACCCCUUCAAGCCCGAAAUGGUGGUACCGGUGUACCGAGACGAUGGGAGGCUGUCAGGGAGUUGGAAGCAACUCUCGCUCGUAUCCGCAUGUUACCUGGUUAUGAUGGGUUCUUGCUGCCGCCUUCUCAGGAGGAUCUGAUAAAAAUGGCAGAACAUGGGGCCAUCGCUGUCUUCAACUGCACUAUCUAUAGGAGCGACGCCAUAAUUGUAACUGCCUCAGCCAUCACAUCAUUAGAACUCCCGAAAUUGAAUCACGAAGACACAAGCCGCUGGAUGAGUCAAAUGAGUAGUUUCGGGGGAAGCGCCCCGCUCAAGCGGGGUCAGGAUAACAGGCAAAUGAAAGAACUCCUCAUUUGGUUAUGGGACACAGCAGUAGAGCCCGUUUUGGAUGAAUUGGAACGCAGAGGGGAGAUUAUCGGUGGGGGUGCCCAUAAUACCAAUUUGAAACGGGUUUGGUGGAUCGGGGUAGGGCCAUUAAGCAUGGCACCUUUCCAUGCGGCUGGGGAUCAUUCCCAAGGGUCAACUCGUAACACCAUAAGCCGUGUUAUUUCAACAUAUAUCCCAACAAUCAAAGCCCUCGCCUAUGCACGUCAA